AGCUUUUUAAAUCUACACAUUCAGAAAUCAUGAGUGAUGAGGAUGUUGCCGCCCUUGUCAUCGAUAAUGGAUCUGGAAUGUGCAAAGCCGGGUUCGCAGGAGAUGAUGCACCUAGAGCUGUGUUCCCUUCAAUCGUCGGCAGACCCAGACACCAAGGAGUAAUGGUUGGAAUGGGCCAGAAAGACAGUUAUGUUGGAGACGAAGCUCAGUCGAAACGUGGUAUCUUGACUCUAAAGUAUCCGAUUGAGCAUGGUAUUGUGACGAACUGGGACGAUAUGGAGAAGAUCUGGCACCACACUUUUUACAACGAGUUGAGAGUUGCUCCAGAGGAACACCCAGUGUUGCUGACAGAGGCUCCAUUGAACCCAAAAGCCAACCGUGAGAAGAUGACCCAGAUAAUGUUUGAGACGUUUAACGCUCCCGCGAUGUAUGUGGCUAUUCAGGCAGUGUUGUCCUUGUAUGCUUCUGGUCGUACUACUGGUAUUGUGUUGGACUCUGGUGAUGGUGUUACUCACACUGUACCCAUAUAUGAGGGUUAUGCAUUACCUCAUGCUAUUCUACGUCUAGAUCUUGCUGGAAGAGACCUUACAGAUUAUUUGAUGAAGAUCUUGACUGAGAGGGGUUACAGUUUUACGACAACUGCUGAACGUGAAAUUGUCCGUGAUAUCAAAGAGAAGCUUUGUUAUGUUGCUCUAGACUUCGAACAGGAAAUGGCUACAGCUGCUUCCAGCUCUUCUUUGGAGAAAAGUUAUGAGCUUCCUGAUGGUCAGGUCAUUACCAUUGGUAAUGAACGCUUCCGUUGUCCUGAAGCUUUGUUCCAGCCUAGCUUUUUGGGUAUGGAAGCUUCAGGGAUACAUGAAACCACAUACAAUUCUAUCAUGAAGUGUGAUGUGGAUAUUCGUAAAGAUCUGUACUCCAACACUGUAUUGUCCGGUGGAAGUACAAUGUAUCCUGGUAUUUCAGAUCGUAUGCAGAAGGAGAUUGGCUCUCUUGCACCCAGCACCAUGAAGAUUAAAAUUGUUGCACCUCCUGAACGUAAGUACUCAGUAUGGAUUGGUGGUUCUAUUUUGGCUUCCUUGUCCACCUUCCAACAGAUGUGGAUUUCCAAACAAGAGUAUGAUGAAUCCGGUCCGAGCAUAGUUCACCGCAAAUGCUUCUGAUUUGGCUUAUCUAUUUUGUACAAAUUACUAAUAUUGAGUGAAUUAUAAUGAUUUCGUGAUUUUG